UGAACGACGCUUGGUACGUUAGGCCAAUUGAGGCUCUUAAUCGGAUAACUUUUUCUUUUUGGGGUUUUCUCCUAAAUUCCAGUCAACAAAAAAGUGUUUUAUGAGCGAGUCGCCUUCACCCGACAGCAGUUUGCCAUUCACACUUCACUGUGAAAUUGUUUGCCGUAAACAACCCUUCGAAAAGUCGCGUUUUUCGAAUUGCGUCGGUUUUCAGACCGGUUUCCUUCAAUAGUUAUUUUUCGCAAGUUUUCCGGUGAAAAUAGCCGCAAUGAAGGCAAGAUUAUUUCAAAGAUGUUGUCGACUUUGUUUAGACGAUACGAGGGAACAGUUGGAGAUUCGUUCUGUCGAGCGAUUGACCCAGACGCUGCUGGAGUUGUACAACCUCAAGGUUACUAGCCAAGAUCGGUGUAGCCAGAACAUAUGCAUCGAGUGCUAUCAGGAUGUAAGCGAAUCACAAAAAUGGCUGGAUGUGCUGGAAAAACAAAAGCAAAUAAUCCUAGCCAAUCAACAGCACUUCCAGGAGGAAUUGUUGGAACAGUUGGGACCAGAGCCGAGUCCAGUCGCUGAUAAAAGUUUUUCGCCGUCCAGAUCGACGCGACGAACCAGAAGAUCCGCCAGAAUGGGACUCGAUGAAGAGACAACUCCCAAACCGGCAGCUGCGAUCAAAAACGAACCGGUACAGACGCGUAGUGGCAAGCGAAAAUUGGAAUGGGAACCCAACUCAGAGCAGGAAUCGGAAACGCCUACUGAAGCUACUUCUAAUGGCGACACGGUUGACGAGGAAGAAGCCGUAUCAGACACAACAACCACCACUAGUGACGCGGAAAUAAAAUGCAACAAAUGCGAGGCGUCUUUCGAUGAUAUAAGGGCGCUGGAAAAACAUGUCUGCGAGUUUGUUUGUAGUGUGUGCAGCACUGGUCUUAAGUACAAAGCAAGUCUGAGGCGGCACCUGGUUGAUGUUCACAAAAUCAAGACCAGCGAGUGGACAAAUUACUGGAAUCCAAGAGGGCACGACAAGGACUCACAGAGUUUGCUGGUUGAGACUACGAAACCCAAGAAAAGGUAUCGAUAUGAGAGUGAUUCUCCAACAGAUUUGGAAGAAGAUUCAAGUAACGAUCAAGCACAGGAACCGGGAGCUGAAAUUGUAUGCAAAUACUGCGGGGAACGAUUCGAUAGUACCCAGGAGUUAAAGAGCCAUGACUGUUGCGUUAGAUGUAACAUAUGCGGAUUUACUUUUGCAUCGCGAAAUAAUGUUAAACGGCAUAAGAUUCGUGUGCACAGAAUCGAUCCCUCUGAUCCAUCGUUGAUGGUUAACAGUGUCAGAUCUAUGUCACGUGCUACAUCGCGUCCACCCUCGCGCCCUCCAUCUAGGGCUGCUUCGGAACAUGCAUCCGAAGAUGAACCGCUUGCAGCUUUAGCUACGAGAAGCGAGGAUCAAAAUGAGAGUGGCAUUUCUAACGGUAACAAAACUCCUGGAAAAACAAGAUAUCGUUACUAUUGUACAGACUGUGACUAUUCUAACUUGAAACGCUAUCGUCUCGUGACUCAUAUGCUCGAGAAGCAUGGCAUGGUAAAAGAACAGAUUGAUCCGGAAGCGAUUCCAAAACAAGCAGUAAACGAUGGUUCAAAAACACCAGAGAGACCAAAGACUCCAGCAACGACACCGAUUGCGCGCUCCGAUCCAGUUUAUGCACCGAUACCGGAACCACCAAAGACUCCAGAUUUACUUAUUAGUCUGCAGACAUCACACCAACCGAGAGGUCGAUCUAGAUCCACGUAUCAGGACAGCAUGGAGUACGGUCAAAAAAGAAAGCGCUCUCUUUCUGCUUGUUCAAACAAAUCUUCCCGUAUGGCUCGAUCUCGUUCAAUUCCUCCCCCAGAUAGGGAAGUCCUCGUAGCUAAACGUCGCCUCUCGACAUCCAAUGUCCUAACAAAAGUUCAUCCAAAAUUGCGCAAUACUUUACUGGCUAUGGAAGCAAAUAGAUUGCACAUGAAUAUUCGCCCCGGUUGUGAAUUGUUGCCUCCUAAUCAACCGAUUCGCGUUCGGGCGUCAUCCCACUUCAAUCAGGAGCCAUGUCCAAUGAAGAAACUAUUCAAACUGCGAGCUCCUGUUGGCAUCGAACGUCAACGGGUUCAUCAACUGCGUGCGCUGUUUAGAAAUAUGUCGCCUCGUAUCAGCUGCCAGUCGAAGAUCAGCAGCAUCGAUGUGGAAUCAUUGGUUUUGGAUCACGCACUUUCGACUUCGUCCUCUCCGAUGGAAGUGGUAGAGCAGGACCCCUUGAACAGAAACACACCAGGACCGCUGAUUAUGGACUGCAUCGGGUCAGAACAGGAGGGUGUCGUGUAUGAAGUUCUCGAGGUUGGUACACAGAAUGUGACCACAGUUUGCGGCACGAGCAGUACCGUGCUAGAAGUAGUUGAUGGCUCAGUCACUGAUCAGAUACAAUUGCCGGAACAAAAGAAGAAAAAGAAAAAUAAGAAAGAGAAACGUAGAAAAAGCGUGAAAGAAACUGUCGUACCAGAAGAGCUAGUAAAACCUAAAGAAGAGAAAGAUGUCGAUGAAGCAGAGCCAACGGAAAAUGGUGUAAAUGAUUCGGAUUUCAGCAACAAUAACAACUUCGGAAAUAUGAAUGAGUUAAGUGCUGUUUCAGCUGUGGGGGAACAGUUGCCGCAAUUAGAUGCAACAUGUCAUACUCAAGAGCCCAUGGAAACAGAAAUAGCGGAGCCAUCUAGUACGACGGAAUUCGAAUCAACAGAGCCAUUGAAGCCAAAUAAAUCAGAAUCAAUAGAACAGCCGAAUCCGAUUGUACCAGAAGCUACAGAACAAUCGAGUCCGAUGGAGCCAGAAUCAACAGAACAACCGAGUCCUGUGGAAUCAGAAUCAGCAGCUCAACCAAAUCCUGAGGAAUCAGAAUCAGUGGAGCUAUCAAAGUCGAAGGAAUCAGAACCAGAAGAACAGCAGAAUCAAAUUGAACCAGAAUCACCAGAACCACCGAAAGCUGAGGAACCACCGAAACCUAAGGAACCAGAAUCAGCGUCAGAUGAACAGCAGCAAGUAGCUGACACCGCAGUUGAGAAGAUGGGCCAAUCCGUCGUGUCAAAUGGGCACGACAACGUUCACGAAACGACUGAGACAGCGGAAGCUCACACAACUGAGAAACAAACUACAGACGAACGUGUGCCAUCGGAACUGUUGCAAGAAGAAGAAGAACAGGUAGGAAAUAUGGUGGAGGAAGUCUCGGAGGAACGAAGCCCAGACGAUGAGCAGGAGGAGGAAGAUGAUCAAAUGAUAACACCGGAUUGAUGUGAAAAUAUAUAAGAAAUAUAUAAGGCAAAAAUAAUUAAGAAGUAAACGAGUUCGAUUGUACUAGAUUACAGUUGCCCGGGCGAAUUAAUUGUUACAGAGUUAAUUUUAUGACGACACUAUCAUAUUAUAACAACCAGAUGCUUUGAAUAAA